CGAUAUGAAGGAGGGCUCAGGGCACUACACACUCAGGCAACAGACAUCUCAUGAAGUCAUGUCCCUGAACGUUUGACAGUGCCGAGUCCACCAGAGGUGCAAGAGCCUUACACCAACCGCAAACCAUCUACUCCCACUUCUCUUACAGCUACGACUCGUCCUCCCAUUUCUGUGAACACCAGGUUCAACAAGGGUUUUCUGGAACUCUCUCAGCUUUCACCGAGCCAGCGGACACCUGUGUUACAAGAUGAUUUCGUUCCACGAUCUAUUCUUGCUCGUGCAGCUACAUUCGAUGGUAGCUCGGAUGACCCAUUAUCCACCACACGGUCUUUUCUGAACCCCCACUGGCAUACAUUGGCAGUGCCAAACUCCCCAGACCGUGAACCCAUAAGCCGACUAGGCACAACCGAUGCCACACGUGACGAGGACGAUGCAACUGCUACCUGGCUUUUUUGAUAGCAAUGUUCCAUAUAAUGACCAUGUGCCCUUUCAACCCUCUUUCGCCGCACUCCCUCUAAUAUUAAUGAAGCAACCAAACUCCAUCAGCGCGCCAAGGCGAUUUAUUUUCUCCUGUCCCAGUCCUCGUGUCGUCGAUAGUGCGAGACAGACAAGUAUGUCUUUAUUUGGGUCGAUUUCCAACCACUGGGGUUCAAUGAUUUCUGUGCAGACACUGUUUGUUGCUCCGCCACGGCAAACGAUAACACAAACACGGCAGCCACACGGCCAAUCACAUGGCCAAGCUCAGUCAUCAUCGUUGCAAUCCCAGCCUAUUGCCGCCUCGACGCUCACAACACCUCCUGCUCCUGAUACUAAUACUGCUACACCAGGUGCAGCAACCGUGCGGAUAAACCUACUUCCCUCGUUGGCUCGUCUCGUGCCCCUUCUUUGCUGUGCAUCCCUUCCACAUACCAACGGUCAUUAAUUUUACUACAGGUGCAGCACACGUAUUUCAUCUUUACUUCUAGCUCUCUUCAUUGUCACUGCCUAAGUUCUCGACACGCAAACAUAUCCCGCGUGGGGAUCAGACAAUCAAGCAUCACCUUAUGCCGCCUCCUUGUCGUUCACGUUUCUAACCGGUGCAUUCCAGUAUCAUUGGACCAACCACGUCUACUCGACCCUUUGACCAACGCUUCAACCACCUUCAGUUGCUCCUAGCCCUUGAC